AUCGCUAGUUGCAAAAGAGAAACACACACACGCUGUGUUGUUUGUAGUUUCUGUAAACAGGAAGCGGCGGCAACCUGCCGCUCUUCUGUAAAAUUAAAGUCGUCUGUUGUGCUGCGCGCGUCAAUCCUGUCCGUCAAGGUUCCAACUUGUAAACACGUGGAAACGUCAAGGGGAAGAAUGUUAACGUUAGCUUGCAUUGUUCUCGUGUCGCUUCUCACCGGUCUGUGCGAGGAUCAAUUCUGUUCGAUCGAUGACGCCGAUUCCUGCGAAGAAAACGCACAAGCUGACGAACAUAAAUCAUUGUACACGAAAGCAACAAAUGAAAGAUACCGAAAGUAUCUGGUGGCAAUUCAAGAAGCGGAAGAAAACUAUGAGGAAUGCAACAAUACAAGAAACGAAUGUUUCAAAGACGUCAUUAAACGGGACUUACGUCCUUUCAGAAAGGACGGUAUUGAUAAAAAACUGAUAGAGCUAACUAAAACUAGUUUGAAUAACAGAGGGACGUAUUACCAGAUAAUCGGAAACAGAUUGUACAGAGAGAAGAACUGCAUGUUUCCCGCCAGAUGUGCUGGAAUUGAGCACUUUCUGUUGAAGAUACUUGACGCGUUACCGGACAUGGACUUGAUAAUAAAUACCGGAGACGUUCCUCAGUCAAGAAAUUACGAUCACUCAAGUCUUCUUCGCAUGCCUGUAUUUUCGUUCAGCAAGACAGCGCAUGAAUAUUAUGAUAUCAUGUAUCCAGCAUGGACGUUUUGGGAAGGUGGUCCGGCCAUCUCGUUGUAUCCCCGCGGCCUCGGCAGAUGGGAUCAGCACCGCAAGUCCCUGAACAAAGCAAGCUCGGACACUCCGUGGGAGAAGAAGGAGACCAAGGCGUUUUUUCGUGGAUCCAGGACGAGCAGAGAACGCGACAAUUUGAUCUUGUUGAGUCGCGACAAACCUCACUUGGCGGACGCUCAGUACACGAAAAAUCAGGCGUGGAAAUCCAUGGCGGACACUUUGAACGCAACGCCAGCGACUGAAGUAUCCUUAGAGUCGCAUUGCAAGUACAAGUAUUUGUUCAACUUCCGAGGUGUGGCUGCGUCGUUUCGGCACAAACAUCUGUUUUUGUGCCGGUCCCUGGUCUUCCACGUCGGCGACGAUUGGGCUGAAUUUUAUUACUACGCCAUGAAACCGUGGAUUCAUUACGUGCCUGUACCGACAAACGCGGAUCGGGAAGAAUUAGAAGAUCUGAUCGAAUUCGCGAAGAAUAACGACGAUUUGGCGAGGAAGAUCGCGAAUCGUGGAAGGGAUUUCAUAUGGAAGAAUCUGAGAAUGUCGGACGUCACGUAUUAUUGGAAACAGCUUUUGAAAAGUUACGCCAAAAUUCUGACGUACAAACCGGUAUUGAAGGAGGAUUUCAUGGAGAUCUCAAAGAAAGAUGGAAGAAAAUAAUAAAAAGGGCACGACACAACGGCGUGGCAAGUUUCAAUGUGAAUCGUCAACACUCUGAUGUCAGCGAGGUAACGCGAGGAAAGAUCUUGCACAGUUAAAUUCUUGUGCAGAUGACUUCUGCUUCUUUUGCAAGAAAAAAAACGAUAAAAUUUUUCAACCGAUGAACAUUUCCGCUUUCCAACAAUAUUGCGCAAAAGAACAAGAUCUUUCCCGUUACACUCUGACAAUUUCCUUUAAGACUAAGUAAGCUUUAACAAUUAAGUACUGGUCAAAUACUUGGUACUAAUCGUAUGCAAGACACGUUUCUCUGAAAUGUAAGAAAAUAUGAAAUAGAACAGCAUCAACAAUGUUUUUUUUAAACAUCCGUUAAUACUGAGUAUAUAGAGAAGACACGUAUAAUAAUUAAAUUUCCAACGUAUACGUAAAUAAUUUUUCCUCUCCUUCCUCUUUUUGUUUAGAUACUUUUUUUUUUUUGCAAGAAAUGCAUUUUUCAAAGUGCACCUUUAUCCUCCUGGAGGAUACCCAAACGCUUCAUACAUAAGAAUCUUAUAUGUAAAUAAAUUCUCGCACACAUACACACAGCAUGAUGUCAGGAAUCUCCCACAUUUGGUCACUUGCAACAUUUAAUAAGACAAACAGAAAUCUUCGUCAGAGAGAAGGCUGCUCUGAUAAAAAAAUAUUGAUUAUUCCGAACCAUCCGGGAAGAAUCCUCGUAUUUUCGAACACACACGCACAAUGUCGCACAGUGCAGGACAAAGACUGCCUGUUCGGUUAUUACUUUGACAGUA